AUGCGAAGACGCGCUGACACUUCCAUAACAAGGAGCUCUGAUUCAGAGACGGAGGAAUUGGACGAAGUAUACCUCCACACCGUAACGAUCCAUGGACGAGAAUUCCACAAGUUCUCCAUCGACAACCAGAUAGCGUUUGAGCCUGUUGACGAUGAAGAAGCAGAACGUCUCGACCUUCAGCAUCGAGUGUUUUCUAAGGUCUUCGACGGCCGACUGAUUUUUCCACCGAUCCCUCGACUUCGCAGAGUACUCGACUGUGGUUAUGGCGCUGGAUCUUGGGCAGUCGAUAUGGCUACCCAAUAUCCAGAUUGCAGGGUAAUUGGUCUUGACAUAUCUCCGCACAAGAAUCCGGAUGACGUGCCCGAGAAUCUAUGGUUACAGGUGGGCAGAGACUUCCAACGAUCCAGAGAUGGACGCAUAGCUGCAGGACUUAGGCUGGACAGGGCUCCUGAAAGCGUCAGGCUGACAUCUCAUCACCAGGUCGACGACCUCAAUCGCCGAUUCACCUUUCCCUCCAAUCAUUUCGACCUUGUUCAUUCAAGGCUUCUUGCAACUGGCAUCAACAGAGCCAGAUGGCCGUCCUACCUCGCAGACAUCAAAAGAGUCUUGAAGCCAGGCGGAUGGGUACAAUUGACCGAAAUAUACUUCAACGUCCAAUCGGACAACGGCUCGAUUACCGAGGAACAUGCUCUGAGACGAUGGAGCACAGAGUUCCUGAGGUCAUACGAAGGAACAAAGGAUGUGCGUGUAGGAACACGGUUGAACAAUCUUCUUCGGGACAGAGGUUUCAAAGAGAUUGACGCGAGAAUGAUUCCUCUUCCUCUUUCGGCGUGGUCCAUUGGUGAGUCCUCACUUCCCGUUUCGUUUGCGGGUUGCUCAACCAGUGUGCUAGACCGUAAAAUGCAAGAAAUUGGCAUGCUUAACCGAGAGAACGUCAAUAGCCUGCUUCCAUCAUUGGCACUGUACCCAUUGACUCAAAUUUCCGGCAUGCCUCAGCAAGAUUUCCAGGAACUCAUUACUCAAGCACGAGAAGAAGCGGAAACGGCGAGCCUGAAGGCGUACUUUCCCUUGUAA